AUGUAUUGUACGGAACUGAUAACAUUGCCCACUCUUGUUUUGCAGAGAGCUCCUGGCAACGAAGUGGCUUACGCGCCUAACACUACGGCGGAUUAUCAACGAAUCGUCGGUACGCAAGACGGGAAUAAGAAUGAGUACAUUCAGCAAGCGGUGGAUGAAUAUAAACUAAAGGAUCAGCGGACGCCGGAAGAAAUGAAGGAACUGCUUUUGAAAGACAAAAAUAUUAUCAAAGUCAUUCGCGGGAAAAAAUUACUCCACCGGAAAGCAGCCCGUGUGGAGUCGAGCGUCAAGCACGAACGACAACCGAAGGCAAAUCGCCGAACACCCUCAGAGCCGAAUGUGACGCCAAAAAAGUCUGAUAGUUCAACCCGAUAA